UAGAAAAUGCAUGCCGUUUGCAUACCAUUCCCAAUUCAAGGCCACAUAAACCCUAUGUUGAAGCUGGCCAAGCUCCUCCAUGCUCGAGGGUUCUAUAUAACCUUCGUCAACUCCGAGUUCAACCACCGCCGGCUCCUCAAAUCUCGUGGCCCUCAUUCCUUGGACGGUCUCGAAACCUUUCGAUUCGAGACGAUCCCUGAUGGCUUGCCAGAGUCUGACGUGAAUGCCACUCAGGAUAUCACAUCUUUAUGUAAAUCAACCACCCAUACAUGUUUGGCCCCGUUUAAACAUCUUCUCUCCAAAAUCAGAGACGCAGGAGCUCCCCCGACGACGUGUAUAAUCUCAGACGGGACGAUGAGCUUCACUCUCGACGCAGCCGAGGAUUUGGGCAUUCCUCAGGUCCUUUUCUGGACUACUAGUGCUUCUGGAUUUAUGACUUUUGUUCAAUAUACCAACUUGAAGGACAAGGGCUAUACUCCGUCUAAAGAUGAGAGUUAUUUGGGAAAUGAUUAUUUGAAUACGAUCAUAGACUGGAUCCCAGGAAUGGAAGGCGUGCGGUUGAAAGACUUUCCAAGCUUCAUCCGAACCACAGAUCCCAAUGAUUUCGCCGUCCACUUCGUCAUUAACGAAAUAAACAGAGCUAAGCGAGCCUCCGCCAUUGUUCUCAAUACCUUCAAUGAACUAGAGCCCGACGUUCUUCGUUCCCUGUCUACCAUCCUCUCACCACCAAUAUACACCCUCGGCCCCCUCCAUCUCCUUACGAAAUUAGAGCUUCAAAACAACGAAUCAGGUCUCAGGGCUAUGGGUUCCAACCUCUGGAAAGAAGAAACAGAGUGCCUUCAAUGGCUCGACUCCAAACAAGAACAACCCAAUUCAGUCCUCUACGUUAACUUUGGAAGCAUAACCGUGAUGACGGCGAAUCAUUUUCUUGAAUUUGCAUGGGGAUUGGCUAAUAGCGAGAAACAGUUUCUCUGGAUCAUAAGACCCGACAUGGUGGCGGCGGGAGAAACUGCGAUCUUGCCGGCGGAGUUCAUCGAGGAAACUAAGGAAAGAGGAAUGGUGGCGAGCUGGUGCCCACAGGAAAAGGUGCUGGCCCAUGGAGCAAUUGGGGGUUUUUUGAGCCACAGUGGAUGGAACUCAACAAUUGAGAGUAUUUCCGCCGGAGUCCCGAUGAUCUGCUGGCCGGGUUUUUCAGAGCAGCCCACGAAUUGCUGGUACUGUUGUGAGAAAUUGGGGAUUGCGAAGGAGAUGAAUAGAGAGGUGAAGAGGGCAAAUGUGGAGGGACUGGUUCGAGAAUUGAUGGAUGGAGAAGAAGGAAAGAAGAUGAGAGAGAAAGCAAUGGGGUGGAAGAAGAAGGCGGAGGAGACCGUUGGCGCCGGCGGAUCUUCACAUGGAAAUCUCGACAAGUUGAUUCACCAAGUGCUUUUUCCUUUGAGGGAAGAUUAUUAAUGU